CAACAAGCGAAACAAGAUAUUAAGACCACAGAUCAUCAGGCUGAGUCCUCUCGAAUAGUUGAGCCGGUAGUAGAGAAUGCGCAGACCGAAGUAGAGGACAGUUUAUUGACCGACACUGGGGAGUUUGGACCCGAUGAAAUCUCUUCCAGGGACACUUUUAUCACCCCUUGUCAGGAAGAUGAUGAUUCGGGCAUAAUCGACACCGAGCCAGCCUAUUACGACGAGGAACCAGUCAACGCCCAGAGUGCCGAGGAGCGCGAUGAUCAGACAGAGUCUCAGACCCCAGAGGUCUAUGCUGAAGUUCAAGCAGAUCUUAUUGAUGGCAAUACCUAG